AUGGCAGUUUUCAAUAUUGCUGACAAGCUGCAUGGGCGUAAGCUGAUCAUUGCCAUCAAUGUUGCAUGUGGUUUCAGCAUCUUUGCAUUUGGUUAUGAUCAAGGCUUGAUGGCAGGUGUCAACAACUCACGCGAUUACAUUGAGACCAUGAACUUGGGUGGAAAUGAAGCAAUGCGUGGAGGGGUUGUUGCUGCUUACUAUUGCGGUUCCCUGAUCGGUUCAUUCUUUGGUGGAUAUGCAGGCGACAAGCUGGGACGUAUCAAAUGUGUCAUCCUUGGAUGCAUUUGGGGUAUCUUUGGCGCUACAUUACAGACGGCUGCUCAAAAUGUGGAAUGGAUGAUUUGCUCCCGUAUCAUUACAGGCGUUGCUACAGGCUACUUGAAUGCCAUUGUACCGGUAUGGUCGGCUGAAACGAGUACGCCUAUGAGUCGAGGUGCCUUUAUUGCAAUGCAAUUCUCAUUAAACAUCUUUGGUGUUGUUGUUGCCUAUUGGCUCGCAUUUGCCAUGACGUUUGCACCUGACAACAGCGUUCGAUGGAGAUUCCCAAUAGCGUUCCAAAUGUUUCCUCAGAUGGUAUUAUUGGUCAUGGUCUUUUUCUUCCCUGAGUCUCCCCGUUGGCUAUUAAAGCAUAAUCGUGAGGAGCAAGCUAUCCAAGUGCUUGCUGCCUUAAGAGGUGAUGGUGAUCGUAAUCACCCCAACGUGCUUCAUGAACUUAAAGAAAUUCGAGAAACGUUGCGUAUUGAAGAGGCACAAGGAGGUGAACCCAGCUUUUACAAGAUGUUGUUUGAAAAGGAUGAAAUGAAUAUCCCACGACGUGUUCAUAUGACUGUGUGGAUCCAAAUUAUGCAACAGCUUGUUGGUAUUGGUGUGGUAACGAUCUACGCUCCUGAGAUCUUUCGAUUGGCUGGUUUUGAUUCCUUUGUGUCUAUGCUGGUUGCUGGCAUCAACAACAUCACAUACAUGAUAUCUACCUUUGUCGCAGUCAUCACAUUGGAUAGGUGGGGACGUCGAUUUAUCAUGAUGUAUGGUGCUGUGUGCCAAGCAAUAUGCUUUAUUGGUAUUGGUAUUCUAUGCAAGCCUGACAUUCUUGAAAGAAAUCCGCUGGGCAUGGGCAUUGGUGCGACGGUGUUUGUGUUUUUGUAUACAGCAUUCUUUGGCAUGACAUGGUUGACUGUCACCUGGCUAUAUCCUGUCGAGAUCUUCCCACUCAAAGUGCGCGCACGUGGUGGUGCAUGGAGUACUAUUGGAUGGUCCAUUGGUAAUGGCCUGGUGACAUUAUCCACACCCUCCCUAUUUGAAAAGAUUGGAUGGGCUACGUUCAUUCUUUACGCUGGAUUCAAUAUUGCUGUUGUCCCUGUGGUAUGGGCACUGUAUCCAGAGACAAUGUCUAAAUCCCUUGAAGAACUUGAUGUUAUUUUCUCCACCAAGGCCAUGUUUGUCAAGAGCGCUGAAAAGGAGCUACGUGCAAAAGGUAUCGAUCCCGAUGAUCCUCUCGCUCACUUGAGACAAAACGGCGAGAACCACAACCAAGAAACAAAGCAACAAGUCGAAGACGAAAAGACAACCGCCUAA